UUGUGGUGACAGUGACAGUGACAGUUUGUGGUGACAGUGACAACAUGGUGUCAACUAGGUGGUUUUCGUUUUUGUGGGAAUUAAGUUGCAGUUUGGCAGUUGAAUUUUGUAAAGUAUAGUUUUUAGCAAAUUUUAAUUUUUCAGCAUUAAAGUAAUAAAAAAUGCAUUCAAACAAAUGAACCAAAAAUAGAGCAUUGAUGCUUUUCAUUAGAAUUUCAUUUAAACAUGUCACAGUGUAAGCAAAGUCCUCAAGAAUUUAUCAAAGAUGUUUUUACACCCCAAAUUGCUGUUCUGUGUACAUCAUCUGCCGAAAAAUGCUGCGAGAAAAAUAAUUUGGAUUUUACUGAAUUGCUACAACCCUUCUCAAAGCUAACAAAUGAUGCUACAUACAAAGAUGUAAAUGGAACGACUAUGGUUGUUAAGAAUUUAAAAGUUUCUUUUCUUGAUGUGAACCUAAGACCCCCACAGACAACCCUAGCUAGAAAAUUGUUAAAUUCCUCUGUUAGUGAAGCUCCGGAACCAAAGAUAAAAGUACACGAAGCAAAAGAAUAUAAAUUGGAAGUACCCUUAUCAACUCCAUGGUUUGAAACUUGGAGGGAUACAUUUAUGAAAGUCCAAUAUCCCUCAGACCAUGAGUUUACAAAGCAUUACUUGGCAUGUCUAAUGGUAGUUUCCUCCAGUGAUAAUAAUCCUAUUGAUGCUAUAGCACAAUUACUUCAAAAGUUGAAUCAAAUUCAACUUAAUAGUUCUACUGGUAAACUACCGAAAUGGUUUAGUGCAAAUACAUUAAAGUAUUAUGUAAUUAUUCAUGACAAUGUGGAUGGCAAAUUAACUCUAGCAAGUGAGACAUUUGAGUGCAUGAAAAAAACUUAUGGAAUAGCCAAUUGUUUUUUACUAAGAAUGAAUUCAAGACCACCUGGGUCUGCUGAUAACGAACAUCUAGCUGAUCCCUGGAGUCAGUUUUUGAAUGUCAAAAUUGAUGCUAAGAAUUAUCAAGUUACACCCGAAUAUUCACCUGGACCUGAUAGACAUCAGUCUCUGGAAAUUGGUCAGGAGGCAAAUGAAAAGAAAAGUUUAAAUUAUCAUCCACUUAGUCCAGAAGUUGAUGAUUUAAUGGUGGAUUUUGAUAUAGACAAAGAUGAAAGCAUCCAAAAAAGGAACAAAUCAUUUACUCAUGGGUGUUGCUUAUCAGUUGAUGAUAUUGAACAAAUUAAAUCCAUGGUUUAUGAGUUCACCUCUUCAUGUCUUCUGCCAUAUAUCGAGAAGCAGCUCGCAUUGCUAUAUGAUUCCAUAUCAAAUAAAAAAGGAAUGAGCAAAUCAUUGUUUAGUGCCACAAAAAGAUGGUUUAGUACUAACAAACCUGGAGCAAGUUCUAUUGCUAUUAAUAAUUCAAUAUAUGCAACAGAUGCGCCUGAACUUCAAAUCAGACGACUAGCAGACUUGUAUUUUAUGUUUGGGAAUUAUUCAGCAGCAUUUCAAGCGUACCACAGCGCUAAGAGGGACUACAAUGCUGAUCAAGCAUGGCUUUAUUAUGCCGGUGCGCUAGAAAUGGCGGCAUUAUCAGCCUUUAUGGCGAACGAAUCUUCUAAGAAAACGUUAAGUUACAUGGAAGAAAGUAUUACAACUUAUUUAAAUCCUUGCAAAAUGACUCAGUUUGCAACAAGGGCCACAAUACUCAGUUCAGAAUGUCUAAAACAUGAGCAACUCUACGGCGAAGCUGCCCAUCAGCUAAUACGUAUGACGAGUGAAGAUUCUGAUCUUCGUUCGGCUCUACUUCUUGAACAGGCGUCGUAUUGCUUCAUGCUCUCGAGCAUGCUUCGUAAAUACGCUUUUCACAUGGUGCUUGCCGGUCAUCGUUUUUCCAAAGCCGCUCAGAAGAAGCAUUCGCUGAGGUGCUACAAGCAGGCAUAUCAGAUCUAUGAGAAUACAGGGUGGGACUUAGCGGCUGACCAUAUCCAUUAUACGAUUGGACGUCAAGCAAAUAACCUACAAAAAUUCAAUGAGGCUGUGGAGUCUUUCGCCAAGCUCUUAAUUGGCGAGAGCAAACAAAAUGCUCAGCAACAGGGUGUUUUUUUGAAGGAGUAUUUAACAAUUUUAGAUUCCAAGUUACAGAAAGACAAUUCAGAAGACACUCCAGUACUUCCAGUGCCAGAUCUAACUAAUACUUCAGUCAAAGUCUUAGUUGGGCCAACAAGGCCAUUAUCAACUCCGGGCCAAGUUCCAGCCUUGGGUAUUAGUUUUUCUAGCUGCGAAGAUCCUUCUGUUGAAUCCAGGUGGCAAAAACUCGAAGAAAUGAUAGUUUCUGAAGUCAAUGGUGUAGCUCCUUUAAUUUUCAAACCAAUGAUCACACUCUACACUAAUAGCACUCUGGAAAAGAAUACUCCGGUAGCCAUAAUUAAUGAACCAAUCCAAGUUUCAAUAGAGUUGUAUAACACUUUACAGACUGUGGUGUUACUAAAAGACAUUUAUUUGCUCUGGAGCUAUGAGAACGAGACUGAAGUUAUUUUUAAUAAAGUAUUGACUGAAGAUGUAGACCAGUACAUUAAAACAUUUAUUACCAAGUCAGUUAUUAUACAAGGGAAUUGCAAACAAGAUUUAGUUUUAUCAUUGACUCCUUUAGUUACGGGAAAUGUGACAAUAUCAGCCGUUUGCUAUACUUUAUCUGGCUCCACAGCUUCUACAGAAAGUAUUUUUGUAAAAGGAAAAAAGCUGAUUAAUAUUUCGAGUAAUAGCGACGCUAUCAAACCUAUAUGUAUUAAAAUAGUCCCCUUUGCGCCAUGUUUACAAAUGACAUUUUCAGAUUUGAACUUAGAAUUCCUAGCAGGGGAAUUACAGAGAGUGUCUGUUACUCUUCAAAACACCGGUUCUGUUCCUUUAAAAAAUGUUUUAUUAGCCACGUCGGUUCCUUUGUCGGUUGACAGCGAAUUAAAAGUCGAUCCUAAAGAAUAUACAUACCAAGAUGCAGAAAACGUUCAAGUGAGAGAGAAGCUGGCCAGAAAAAAUCACAUAACUACACUCCCUUUACCAAAUAACAGGUUGGAUAAUGGUCAUUCGAUUUCAUUUCAUUUAUGGCUUAGGGCCCCGGCCAAUAAGGGGCCGACUUCCAUUGAUUUGUUGACUUAUUAUGAGAAUAUUGAUUCUGCAAGCAUACCCAAAUAUCGUUUAAUAAGGCACAGUUGGAAUUUGUCUGUACAAGAAUCAAUUUCCAUUGAUGUAUCUCCACAAACUAGUUACAAUUCAAUCUCCGAAGAGGAAUUAGCUUUAGCUUUGAAAGCUACAAACUUAAAUAAUAUCCAUAAUUCUAUCUCAACCGAGAUAACUUUGUUGAAAGUUUGUUUACUCAGCAAUAAAUGGUUUUUAACGAAAGACAUGGUCACUCCAAAAUACAUCAAUUUAAAUUCUCAGGAAUCAGCUCACAUUUUAAUAAAAGCUAAAAGACGAGUCUGCAAAGAUAGCCAGUAUUCUUUCAUUCCUUUGCAUACUGACAAGAUAUCUGCUCCACAUUUAUCUACAGCAUUGUUAUCUUUUGCUAGAAAAACUGAUAAAGCCUUACUAAAUGUUUUUGAAGUAAACCAUGAUGUUAGAAAAUUGAAAGAUUGUACGUUGGUUUUAGAAUGGAAAGCUUUGGUCUGCGACGCUUCAAACAGAAGAGUUAUAAAUGGCCAGACAUGCGUACCAAUCAAAGUAUACAGAAAUGAACAAAUACAGUUUGAAAAACUGAUAUCAGACUCGCUAAUUGAAUUAAGUAGUUCAGUUGAGAAUACUGAUAAAAAGGAAUUUAGUCAGAACCAAGUGUUUUAUAAUCUUCUGCAUACACCUCUUGUUAAACAUAAUUUUACAAGAACCAAAACUUGUGUGGUACCUGUUACUCUAGUCCUACAUAGCCUUGUUAGUCAUGUCAUUGAAGUGACAGUAAAUACUAUAGAAAAAAGAAGCAAACCCGUCAGUAACAAAACGAUUAAAACGAAUUUGUUUAUCCCACAAGCCACUGGAAAUUUUUGUUGGCUAGUCAACGGGAAAAUAUUGAGAACCUUGGAUCCAUUAACAACAACCACGGUUCAACUCUCUGUGAUAGUAACCAGUCCUGGUACAUUUGACUUAGGAGCGAAUUUAGGAGUCUUUUGCAAUAGCUUAGAUAAAGAUGAAGAUCCAGUUUUACAACUAUGCGAAAUUCAUUCUGCUUUAAUAGUUUUAGAUAGUAAUAGUUAACGUUUGUAUAUGUUUAUGGAAAAAUGUAAAUAUUUUAACUAAAAUAUUUAAGUAAAUAUUCUCGCCAAUAUUAAAUAAUCAGUUAAUAAUGUUAUAUAACUAUAUAAGUUAUUGUUUAAUAUAUCCUAUUUCUUUUUUAUUAAAAAAAUCUUAGUAACACA